UUAAUGCGUGUUUCUCAUUUAAAGACGAUUAAUCUCAAUCUGGCAACCCAUGGUCUUCUCCGCACAUGCAGCCGUGAGCAGCGGUGAUUCUUUCCUUUCUAUCUGCAGCACGUUUCCACUUGAACUCCUGUGUCAGGCUCAGUGAGGGACGACCAGCAGGACACGGACUUGUCCACUUCUCUCUCUCGGUGUUGACUUUUGCCGCUUCACUCAUCGCAGGAGGAGGAAUGAAGGAGGACACAAAUCUCAGCCACUUUCGCUGCGCGCUGGAGAGAUGAUGACGAUGCGUAAAGAGUGACGGAGAACCCGGAGAUCUCCGUCCUGUAGGAACCAAACAGUCUGUAUAGAGCUGCACUUCGGCAUGAGGUCACUGAAAACCGACUUUAUUCUGCGAUUAAUACACUAAAGUUUGGAGACGCACACACACACACACACACAUACACACACACACACAUACACACGCACACACACACAUACACACGCACACACGCACACACACACACACACGCACUCACAUACGCACACACACACACAUACACACGCACAAACGCACACACACGCACACACCUGCUCCGGACCAAACAUGAGGUUUAACCAGGUCUGAACACCGAAUCUGAGGACCUCAGGCGCUGAAGAUGGAGUGCACCUUGGUGGGAUCGCUUUGGCUGCCUCUUCUGGUUCUGCUCAGCGGCGUGUCAUUAGGGGUCGUGGAUCUGGAGAUGGUUCCUCAGCAUGGAGGAUCACCUGCUCUUAAGAACAUCACCCUGGCUGUUAUCUUACCACUCCAUAACACAGAGUACCCCUGGGCAUGGCCUCGGGUGGGUCCUGCUCUAAACUGGGCAGUGGAGAAGGUUAACUCAGACCCCACACUGCUCCCGGGUUACCGCAUGCGCCUCGUCUUCAGCAGCAGCGAGAACAAAGAUGGUCUGUGCUCCGACUCAGUGGCGCCCCUUGUGGCUGUCGACCUAAAGUUUGCAUAUGACCCGUGGGCUUUCAUCGGGCCGGGCUGUGACUACGCGUCAUCACCUGUCGCCCGUUUCACCACGCACUGGGAGGUUCCCAUGGUGACGGCUGGAGCGCCGGCGUUGGGGUUUAACCUGUACUCUUCAAUCACAAACACAGGACCAACGCAUGAGAAACUGGGCCAGUUUGUAUUAAAGAUGCACAGAGACUUUGGCUGGCACAAGUACGCUAUGUUCAUGUUCCACGACCAGAAGAACGACGACCGACCGUGCUACUUCGCCGUGGAGGGACCAUAUACGGAGAUGAAAGACGAGAACUUCACAUCUGAGCACAUCGUGUUUAACGAGAACGAGUCGGUUUCCUAUGCUGAUCUCGUUAACGAUAUUAGCCAGCAAGCGCGCGUGGUGUACGUUUGCUGUAAGCUGCAGACGUUCAGGAAGCUGAUGGUGCAGUUUAGGAAGCAGCAGCUUCCCCAGGAGGAGUACGUCUUUUUCUUCAUUGAUCUGUUUGGAGAGAGCGUGCAGAGAAGUCCAGCAAAGCCGUGGGUUCAGGGAGACGCAGAAGAUCACACUGCCAAGGAAGCCUUUAAAAGUGUAAAGAUUAUCACCUACAGAGAGCCGCAGAACCCAGAAUACAAAAAAUUUGUGUCCAGGUUGAAGAUCGACGCCAAAAAAAUGUUUAACUUCACCAUAGAAGACUCACUGAGGAACAUGAUAGCUGGAGGCUUCCAUGACGGAGUUCUGCUCUACGCUCAUGCUCUGAAUGAGACUAUGAGCCAGACAGGACAGAAACCACCGGGUAACAUGGUCACGGAAAGGAUGUGGAACCGUACUUUUUAUGGUGUCACCGGGCUGCUGGAGAUGGAUGAGAAGGGCAACCGAGAAAUCGACUUUGCUCUCUGGGACAUGACUGACACUGACUCGGGAGUUUAUCAGAUCGUGUCAGUGUAUAACAGCAGUCUGAAGCAGAUGAUUCCUGAGCCGGGGAUGAAGGUGCACUGGUUAAAAGGCGUUCCUCCUCCUGACAUCCCAGUGUGCGGCUUUAAGAACGACAAUCCUUCAUGUCUGGCCAGAACGGUCACCAUGCAUCAGAUGAUCCUGAUAGUGGUGUGCUUCAUCUUCAUCAUCAUCGUCACUGUCACGGUCUUCGUCUACAGAAAGGUGAAGUUGGAGAACGAGUUAGCAGCACAGCUGUGGAGAGUGCACUGGGAGGACAUUCAGAUUAAUAACAUGGAGAAACCGUUACGAAGGGCAUGCAGCAGACUGACACUGUCACUGAAAGGUUCCGCCGAUGGUUCACUUCUCACCAUGGAGGGAAAUAUGCAGAUUUACGCCAAGACCUGUUACUACAAGGGAAACAUAACGGCCAUUAAGUAUAUCAGUAUAAAGCGCAUUGAGCUCACCAGGAAUCUGCUGUUUGAACUCAAACAUAUGCGUGAUGUUCAGAACGAGCACCUGACCAGAUUUAUUGGAGCCUGCAUUGAUCCCCUGAACACCUGCAUCCUCACUGAGUACUGUCCAAGGGGCAGCUUACAGGAUCUCAUGGAGCUUGAGAGUAUUACACUGGACUGGAUGUUCCGGUAUUCUCUGAUCAAUGAUAUUGUCAAAGGAAUGUCGUUCCUUCAUAACAGUGUGAUUGGCUGCCAUGGCAACCUGAAGUCCUCCAACUGCUUGGUGGACAGCCGCUUCGUGCUGAAGAUCACAGACUACGGGCUGGUCAGCUUCCGCAAUGAGAACAGCUCAGAGGACACGCAUGCUUACUACGCACGUAAGCUGUGGACAGCUCCAGAGCUGCUGCGUGCGGAGAACGGACCAGCGUGUAGAACUCAGAAGGGAGACGUGUACAGUUUCGGCAUCAUCCUGCAGGAAGUGGCUCUCCUCAAGGGAGUUUUCUACCUGGAUGGAACUACGCUCAGCCCUAAACAGAUUGUGGAGCGUGUGACAGAUGGACGAUGGCCCUACCUGCGCCCCCUGCUGUGCACUCAGAGCCACAGUGAAGAGCUGGGGCAGCUGAUGCAGCGCUGCUGGGCAGAAGAACCCAGUGACAGGCCUGAUUUUAACCAGAUCAAAGUCAUGCUACGCAAACACAACAGAGGCUAUGGCUCCAACAUCCUGGAUAAUCUGCUCUCGCGUAUGGAGCAGUACGCCAAUAACCUGGAGGAGCUGGUGGAAGAGAGGACACAGGCAUAUCACGAGGAGAAACGCAAAGCUGAAGCACUGCUCUAUCAGAUCCUGCCUCACUCAGUGGCGGAGCAGCUGAAAAGAGGCGAGACGGUGCAGGCUGAAGCCUUCGACUCGGUCACUAUUUACUUCAGCGAUAUAGUGGGCUUCACGGCUCUGUCUGCAGAAAGCACGCCCAUGCAGGUGGUGACUCUGCUGAAUGACCUGUACACGUGCUUUGACGCAAUCAUUGACAACUUUGACGUUUACAAGGUGGAGACCAUCGGUGAUGCAUACAUGGUUGUAUCAGGUCUUCCUGUAAGGAAUGGGAAGCUGCACGCACGGGAAAUCGCCCGGAUGUCUCUGGCCCUCCUCAAAGCCGUGCACACCUUCAGGAUCCGCCAUCGACCUGACCAGCAGCUCCGCCUGCGCAUCGGCAUUCACACCGGCCCUGUGUGUGCUGGGGUUGUUGGAUUGAAGAUGCCCAGAUAUUGUUUGUUUGGUGACACAGUUAACACGGCUUCGCGCAUGGAGUCUAAUGGAGAAGCGCUGAAAAUCCACGUAUCGGAGGCGACGCGAACGGUGCUGCAAGAGUUCAACUGCUUCCAGCUGGAACUGAGAGGAGACGUGGAAAUGAAAGGUAAAGGAAGAAUGAGGACCUACUGGCUCCUGGGAGAGAGCAUGGCUGAGCACGCCUGAGAGCGACGUCCGAGCAGCAGCACGUAGGAGGAAGCACGGGUGGAAAAAUAUAUACACGAUCAUGUAGCAGUAACGUUUCGAGGCAAUAAACGGCCUUGACAACCAGCGAGAAAGUAUCACGGCAACGGAACUGACUGCAGGGUGAAGCCUCACAGGUUUGAGGAAAUCCCUGGAAAUUCCUCUUCAGGCUGGAUUCGGGGUAAAAUAAACAGAAAAUCAGCACCGUUUCCAGGAAUGGAAGGUUGAUAUACAGUACUACCAAGGAUCCUUUAUACAGUAUACAGUACAAAGACUAAAACAUUUCAGUCUGCUGGACAGCAUCAUCUAGUGGUGUGAUGUCUUUUUCCGUAAAUUUCGGAGGAGGGGUGAAGAGUUCGGUCAUCGUCUUUGAGUCAUUUCCUUUGAAGAAAUAAUAAGGGGUUCGUUUUCCCUUCGAAACGAAAAGUGGUAGGAGGUUGCAGAUGGUCCUGUUUCAUAAUAUAUUAUAUUUUGAUAAGAGUUUGAAGCAGUACAGCCGCUUUCAUCACAUGCAGUGUAUUAAAGAAAUGUUCUUGUUUUUUAUUAAAUGCCUUUUAGCUCAGAUAAAAUCGACUGACCUGCAGAUAUGUCAGUAGUCAUGUGCCAUGAUAUCAUUUUAUUUAACAUACACAAGACGAAGACAGUUACCUUAUUUUGGCCGUAUUCGGAUAUGCAUCAGAAUUCAAAUAAAAAAUAUAUAGAGGUUCUUAUUUUGCCAUUAUUUCAGCACAUAAAAAAUGUUUGAAUAGUGUUUUCACAGCUAUAUUUUAAACCAGUGUAGAAAUGUUAUAAUUAUUUUUACCGUUUUCUAGGCUUUCAGCAAAUAGCCCAUUUUUAAUAUAUUAUCACUCUGAAUUACUGAGGAGUUUCAGUCCCGCAGUCCUGGAUGUUGUCUCAAAGCAUCUGUACAGAAAUGGCAAAAUUGCACAGUAAGGAUUACAAUAGAUUUUUAUCCCUUAAUGAGCAAGGCAGAGGCAACAAGGCAAGGAAAAUCUCUCUGAGACAUUAUAAAAACAAAACCAGGCUCUAAAGCUGAAGCACUAGUAGUUAGAGUUAGUGUUGUGAGAGAAAAUGAAAUGCUAUGAACGAAAAAAAAAGAGAGUGAAGUCAGGGAACAAAUCCUUAAAUACAUGGUCAGAGAGAGAGAGAAAGAGAGAGAGAGAGAGAGAGAGAGAGAGAGAGAGACUUUUUUUAUAUAAAUAUAUAUAGAUAUAAAUCAUCAUCUGGUCUCUCUGGUCCUCAGCUGUCCAUUUUUUUUUUUAUUCCUUUUUUUUUGGCCUACAAAACUGGGACCUGUUGUGGUUUUCUGCUGCUCCUCACACGCUUUAGUGUGUUAUUCAUUCUGAGAUGCUUUUCUGCUCAGCACAGUUGUAAAUAGUGAUUAUUUUGUUUCACUCUAUCCUUCCUGUCAGCUCCAAGCAGUCUGAUUGUUUUCUUCUGAUCUCUCUCAUCAACAAGACGUUUCCACCCACAAAAGUGAAAAUGUUUUUUGUUUUGUUUUUAGUUACACACUGCCGUGGAAACCCUAGAGAGAGUUUUUUGAAAAUCCCAGACGAUCAGCAGAUUCUGAAAUUCUCCAAACAGAUUAUUUAGCACUAACAUCCACGUAGGAGUUGUUAAGAUCACUGUUCUGAUGUUUCACUGUAGAUCUUGACUUGUAUCUGUAUCAUUUACUGAAACCUGAACUCUUGAUUACAGUCAUACUGUAAAUGGUUAUAAAAUGUUUUAAAGUCAUGUGACAAAUAAUAUCAGCACGUACCUACAUUUUUAUUUUAUUUACUAAACACAUUAAGGACACUCGUUCAAGGCGAAGUCCUUAAACAGCCGAGACAGUGUGUGUGCGGAAAAGAUCUACUGUUCUAGACGAUACGCCGAUAGACGAUAGACUGCGGUGAAAACUUGUACAGAACCUCCACGUGCCAGCUCAUGGACUCCGUAGACACACUGAUUGUAUACGAUAUAUGAUCAUCUCAAGUGCUCACACAUCUGUAGGUGUACAUGUGUAUGCAGAACAGAGUUUAAAAAAAAAAAGUUUGCCAACUCCUGAUCUUGUAAUGAUAUUGUAAAGACUCGCUGAACACAUCACAGCAAGAUCAAUUCAUGUGGUGAAGAUAUUUGUUUUAUAAUGUGAUGUAUUAAAAGUGCAGCUCAGUGUUUUCUUUCUUUCUUUCUUUCUCUCUCUCUCUCUCUCUCUCUCUCUCUCUCUCUCUCUCUGUAGGAAGGGCUUCUAUCUUGUGUUUAUUUUUAUUAGCUGUCAAAAAUCGGGAAAAGUGACUCGGUGGGAGAUUAAAAAAUAUCUGUUAGAAAUAUAUUACUGUUAGUGUUCAUGUACUUUAUGGUGCGACACGUUUUGUAAAAAAAAAAAUGAAAAAUACUAAGAAAGAAAAUAAAUAACCU